UCACUUAAGCAUACGGAAUUUUCGAUAAACUAUGCCUAGUAUAAAUUCAAUAGUUUCAAUACACAAACAUCAUUGCUGGACCAUUCAGGGGACAAAAUGAGAGCGUUUCUCUAUGUCUUCUUGUUGGCAUCGGUGAUCUUGUUUGUCAUUGCGGAAAGUCCUAAUCCUGAUCCUUCAGAAAAGGAAGAUGACGUCACAGCGACGUCAAAAUUAAACGCCGUACAAGAUAUGGCUGUGUCAAGUCUAUACGCCAGGGUAGGAGGAGCACCGCAGCAGACGUUGAGUCCUAAUGGUCAAGCAGGGGAAUGCUACACCUGCAUCGGCUGCAACACCAUCACAGCCACCACGCCCGUGAAGACCUGCCCGCUAAGCUCCGACUACAGAAAGCAAAACAAAUGCGUUGUGUACGAGGAGAAAUAUGCUCAUGGUGAAAUGCUAACGCAUGUUAGAGGAUGUGCUUCACAACGUGGUACUUGUGACGAAUUAAAAAGGGUGUAUCAAUUCAACCCUGAUUCAGUGCAGCUACUUAGUUGUAGCGAGUGUGAGGGAGACAGGUGCAAUAAAACUAGUCUCUCCUGCUCUCUCUCCGAUUUUACUAUUUCAUUAUUCAUAAUAGUUAUUCCACUCCUCAAAAAAUACAUUUUGUCGUGAAAACCCUUGUUAUGGAAAGUGAUUUGAAUAUGGAAAAUAAUAUUAAACAUCAUGUUAUAUUUAGUGCGAAUGUCUCAUCUAUAUUUAAACUAAGUAAAUAAGGCGAUUUUCUACUGAA